GGCCUGUCCCCGAAACCCAGCCAAACCCCAGUCCCCACUCCUCGGAGCCUCACCAUGCCGACCGCCGCAGCCAGCUCCUUGCUCGGCCUCAACCCCCCGCAUCCCAGCUGCUCCGGCGUCCGCUUCCUUCCCCUCACCGCCGCCGCCGCCGCCUACCCCUUCCGGUCCAGAUCCUCGUCUUUCGCUCCGCCGUUCCGCAGUCGCAGAGCCAGCGCCUCCGCCGCUGCCAUCCAUGCCUCCGCGCUCGCUCCUGCUUCCUCGUUCCCCACCUCUCCGACUCCGCCCCCGCGCGCUCCGGCUCCGCCGGAGCCUCCCUCCACCGUGGUCCACGCGGGCCGCAGCAAGAAGAAGAAGAACCCCCAGGGCGGCAGUGGCGGCGGCGGCGGAGGCCGCAUCGAGGGAAGCGGGGACGUGCGGCGCGAGGCCAAGGCCAAGGCGCGCAUCCGCAGCCGGCGCAUGGGCGAGAACGCCUUCUACCGCCGCAAGCGCCGCGCCGCCGCGGCCACGGGCCAGGCCGACGCCUUCACGGACGCGGAGCUGGAGAUGAUCGGGAUGGGGUACGACCGCGCCGUCCGGUUCAUGGACGGGCCCGACGACCCGCGGCUCCAGCACCCGCACGACUGGUACAAGUACGGCCGCUACGGGCCCUACCACUGGCGCGGCAUCGUCGUCGGCCCGCCCAUCCGCGGCCGCUUCUCCGACGACCGCGUCUCGCUCAUGGAGGAGGUCCACGACCACGAGGAGUGGGACCGCGUCGAGCAGUUCGACAUGUGCAACCAGUUCACGCACCGCCUCAACGAGCUCGGCGACGCCGUCGGGUUCCGCUACUACUGGGUCUUCGUGCGCCACCCCAAGUGGCGCCCCGACGAGAAGCCCUGGGACCAGUGGACGCUCUCGGCCGAGGUCGCCGUCCAGGCCAGCAAAGACGAGCGGCUCGACAAGUGGAGCCUCAUGGGCAGGUUCGGCAACCCGACGCGAGAGCUUAUCACGCGGUGCGCGGCAUGGACGCGCCCGGACAUCAUAUACGUCAGGCGGCCUCUGUACCAGUCGCGGUUUGAACCGCAGGAGGAUUUCUUCAGCAAGCUUCGGCCGUUGGUUGAUCCAGCCACGGAGAACAACUUCUUGUUCGAUCUUGAGCUGGAUGGCCAGGUCAUUCGGACAACCUACUUUGGUGGCCUCUGUAAGAUUGUGAAAUCCAACCCAAAGGCUUAUGUCGACGAUGUUGUGAAUGCUUACUCAAGGCUGAAUGAUGCGGACAAGUCGCGAUGCCUGGAAUUCCUGCUCACGAACCACCCCAUGGAUCUCCUCCAUCCUUAUACCAAGGAGUGGAAGGUGAAGCUAGAGGAGCUAGAAUUGGGAUGUGAUGCGCCUGAUGAGAGUGAUGAUGAGGUUGGUGAUGACUAUGGAAUUGAGGUGGCUGAUUGGGUCGACGAAAAUGAGGCUGAUGAUGUUUUGGAUGGAGGAGACGAUGAUUAUGAAGAUGAGGAUGAAACCGAUACCCAGGAGGAUAUGGAACCAGAUGGAGUUGAAAAUAUUGUGGAUAGCGAGGAAUACUGGGACGAGCAGUGGAAGGAGGCUAUGAGAAGUUCUGAUAAAAUGGAGAAGCUAGUCAAGACAAGCAUUGAGGCAUCAAAUGAGUACAGUAAGCAGCAGAUGGAUCUCGAGAAAGAGAUGGAGUGGAAAAUGGCCAGAGCAAAUGCAACGAUUAUGGAGCAGGAACAAGCUGAGGAAGAUGAGGAGGAGCAGGAGAGGGCGAGUAGCAGGAGUGCAGCGGAUGGAAGUCAGAGCAAUGCAAACACAGGGCUCUUCUUGAGGGCGGCUGUCCGCCCAUUCACUUAUAGGAACCUUGUCAAGGAAAUUGUUUUGAUGAGACACCACAUUAUUGAUGGAGAGAUAGUUUAGUAUGAAUAUGACACCAAUGCUGUGUUCAGUUUUUCAGAGUAGCCAUUUGCCCCUUUCAAUGGAGAAAUGCAGAGCUUGCCUUUAGAAGGUCUAAGAAGCCCCUAAAGCUCCUUGGUUAUGUACAAUAUUAGGUAUUUUUUUCCUUGAAUACGCAUGAGAACUACGGAUAAUGGCAUUAAAAAGGACAAUACUAGGUCUUGUUGGGUACAUUCAUUCCCCAUGUGGAUUGUAGAGGAAUGGAGGGGAUUGAAGGGUUUAGCUUAUUUUCCCUCAAUCCCCUCUAAUCCAAAAGGGUAAUGAUUUAUCCAAACUAACCCUUGUGGAUAUUGUGCUAUUGUUGAUAACUUUUGAAGUUCUGUUCUCGGGGAAAAGCCAUGGCUUUUGCUGAUUUGUUGUGAAAGAAAACACUGCUGAAUGGCUGAAUGAUUCGACAGAUAAGCUCAAGCGAACAAGGCAGUCUAUAUCAUAAAGCUUAAUGACCCAAUCAGAAUAUAUAUUUCUGAUGUGUUCUUCACUUCUUUUUAAAUGGACUUGCUUUCCCUU